ACGUACGAGGAAGCUCACAACAGUGGUGCCGCUUGCAGGCAGGCAGCUACUGCUGUUACUGACUGUAUCCCUGCUGCAGCUCGGCCAGGACGUCCGCAGCAGCAGCAGCAGCUCACCUGACUGACUGAUAACCAGAAACACGCAGAUUUUCUCCUCUGAAAAGUAUCGACCACUAACUCCAACGGGGUCGGAGCGCGUGACGUGUCCCGACAGAAGCCUCCCAUCCCUCCGGUAAGUGAGGCAGGUCGGCUCCUCCGCCGCAUCCUGCUGUCUGUGCGUGGAUGUGAAAUAUGUUGUAACUGCUGUAAAAAGUGAGAGCACAGUGAGAGGACACUCUGUCUGUCCAUGCUAGCUAAGCAGGAGCGUGAAUCCUCCUACUACUGUUUGUAUUUACUAUUGGAGCCUCUGAGGUGACAACACAAGGUGUCCUGCAAUGCAGUGCAGCUCCAGAAUUACAUCAUAAUGAUGAUUUUUAGGAGUUAGAGGCCCAAAUCUGUUGCUUUUCUGUGUGCUGUCAGUGUAAACAUCAGUGAAACUCCUAGUUGCUUCAUACUGAUUUUAAGAUUUGAAAGACGAAUCUCAUCAUAAUCAUUUGAAAUGGCUAGUCUGUUACUUAUGCCACAAAUGAUGUGUCAGUCUGAACGAGAUAGAGCUGUUUUUUUUUUUUUUUGACAAAUCAUUCCAGCUAACACACAGUGAUCUGAAUAACAACAAGAAGUUCCUGUACAGUAUAGCCUUUAGCUGAAGUUAUAUAAACAUUGAUGUAAAGCCCUAUGUCUCUGGAGUUAAUUUGGCAGAAGACCUUUAGUUGUCAAUACUGGAAGAUUUUUUGAUAGGCAAAGUAUUUUCAGAGUACUUAGAGUAGUAAAAACUGUAUUUUGGAUUUUAACAAAUGUUACAAAUUGAAUAUUUUACAGCUGUUAUUUAAAUGAAGAGACCCUUUUAGUUUUCCUAUACUUAAGUGAUUCAUCAGGACUGAAUUGGGCGUAUUAUUGUUUAAACAUUUCUUCCAUUUUAUAGUUUCCAUUAACUUUCAGUUUUGUUAUCUAACGUAAAGUUCUCACAUUAUGAAAUGUGUAUUUACAUCCACUUAGUCUCAUCAGAGUUAUAUAACAUGACAAUCUGACUUUAAAUUCACUAUCCAACCAAAAAUAAAGUAGACAUCACAAUGAAUCUGCUUUAAAGUUUUGAAUAUUUUAAGCUUUUAAAACUUGUCUUGGUUGUAAUGGUAAUAUAAAUGGGUUUUAAACAUUACAUGAAUUUCAUUACAUGAGCCUCAUGUGGACAUUAAUUUUGCUGUGAGUGACUCAAAGUAUCUUUUCAGUGUUUUGAUGGUUGUUGUGGGUUCGCACACUCAACUCUCUGUCCCAUCCUCAGUCCUCGUCUCCACAGCUUUAUAACUCUGCCCCUGUUGGUUUUGUUCUGCACCUCAGACUGAGGCUUCCUCAGCUUUUGUACACUUUUAUACAUGCUGAGAUGAAUUAGAGGGCAAUCCAUUCAAGUGUGGGGAACAAUACCCCAACGGAAAAAAGAGGACUUUCUUCCCGGGUCAGGUCAAGGGAGAGGGCGGUGACACCCCCCUUGGUUGCUGUGGAAGCAGAGAGACACACGGAAAACUCAAUUCUCUGACGUCAUCCUGAGGAGGGAGACACUGGGGGGCUGAUUUAUUUCUGUGGGAGCAAAGAGGGGUUGAAUGGUUGUUGCGGGGUUUGGUCACCUUAAGUAGUCUUUAUUGCCUGAAGAUCUGUCUUUGUCUCAAAAAUUCAAUCUCAGCCUGUCAGAAAAACUGUUGAAACAACAUAAAACAAAACAAAACCAGGAGAAAAGAAGAAGAAAAUUAAAAAGUUGUGGUUUCAGGCUUUUUCUUUCCUGAAUGCCACACUCAGGAAUCCCACCCAUGUUGCAACCUACGUCUCGUGUAUGCAACAUUGAACCAAGGGUGAAAAAAACGGAAUAUUCCUUGAGAAAAUGCAAAAAGGAAACCAUUAAAUUAUCAAGCAUUUCUACAAUCAAAUUUACAAAGUGCUUUACAAAAGCAAGAGAACACAGCAGGCAGGUCAUUACAUCAGCAGGUUAAAAAUAAUGAGGAAAUAGUACAAUUAAAGCAAAAAUUCAAGUGAUAUAUAUUUUGAAAUAAUAGAAAAUAUGAGUAUAAGAAUAUUACAAUUCCUGUUUACAUUAGAAAAAGGCUCUGAAUGAACAUUUUCAGACUUAAAAAAUGUGAAGAAAAGUCCAAAAAACAAAGAAACAGAACAAAACAGAACAGAAAGCCUUCACUAAUGUUGUAACCAAGGUGUAUGACAGUUAAGCAUCUACCGCUGUAUUGCAUUGGAAGAAAUUAAUCUUGUAAUGUACAGUAAAAUGGUUAAAUUGCAUGGUAGAUCAUUUAUAAUGCACAUAGAAUAACGUUUAUUGCAGGGCAGUAAUGCAUAUUGCUCAGUCCUGAAUAUUUACAUUGUGAGGACUGGAAACUAUUAACAGGCAUUGCAUGCUGAGAUGAUUUAAUGCCCCCUAAAUUAAUGAGUGUUUCUUAGUAUUUAAUAUGUACUGCACAGAAAAUCCCAUUUGUACCACACAUUAGUUUGAGUAUUGCACCAUAGCUAAUGUAUUAAACAGAGAAGAUAAUGUGCAUAUUACGGACAAUAAAAUACUUAAUAUUGCGUGGCUAGUUUAUCUUGCUCCUGUUAUCAAACUAUGGGGAUAAUUACUACAAAUAUACCAUGUUUUGUAGAUUUGAUCUUAUAUGUUUCAGCAGAGUUACAACCUUUGCUUUACUAAAUUCUAUGUUGCUUUUAACAAGUCGGUAAUGUGAUCGUUGUUCCUGUUCUGUCUUUAGUAUUGUUUCUUGGGUAUUACAGAGUGUUCUUAUAAUGAAGCCUGGAGUGCCGCUGUGCCCUUGGGCAAACACCUUCUCCCACUGCUGCUGCCAUGUAAACAUGUUUACAUUCCCCCCCCUGUUUCCCUGCUAUCGUCUCUAUAGCAACUCAAGCAGCUGCUUUAUUUCCCCCUUUGUUUAAUAACCUGCUGUUGGUUUAAGCCCACAGUAAAGCAGAGUUUUUACUAAAUCAUUCAGUGGGGUGUUACUGUGCUCAACAUGCUGUGAUUAAUCUGUAAGCCUCUGUGGCAGCAGACGGUGGUUCAGAGCUGCACAGGACAGGCAGAGAAAGCAAAGGGGUGCAGUGAGAUAUGCCUUAAGCUAAUCUUGGCACCGGGUUCAGAUUGCUGAAGCAACAAUUGGAGAGCAGGGCCAGAGGUGAUAGAGAUGCAGUGGUCUGCUGCAGGCCAGACACUGAUCACCUGUUAACAAAAGAACAAACAGAGGGAGAUUCAAAGCUCUGUUUUUUGAUCCGCAGCUCCACAGAAGGUGUACUCUGUCUGGUCUGGUCCCUCCUUCCUGUCAUUACCUCUGGGUUUUGUUUCACCUGGGUUACUUUUCCUCCGGGUGUGUGCGGCCUUUGUGUUUUUCAUUAAGAGAUUCAGUGGAAUUUACUUCUCGAAAAUACUCUCCGGAGAACUUUUGAAGCUGCUGUGUCAUUGUGUGAGAAAGUAAAGGUCUUAUCCUGGUACAUGUCGGUGUUUAGAAGUUUAGGUUCUUGAAUAGUUUGGUCUAUAAAGGUAAGAUUGGAAAGCAAAGAGUCUUGUUAUUUUAUCCAAACAAUUCAAAACAAUUAUUAGCGACACGCUAGGCAUUUACACACACGGACCUUGAAGCACUGAGUAAACUGACCAAGCAUUCACACCACAGCUUUAACUUUCAUUCAACUUUAUUCAGACUAGUUAAACUGCUAUGUAAGCUAGCACACAAGAGAAAAAGAAAACACUUGUGUAGAUUGGAAUUUAUUUGGAUGAAAAAGAAACAGCAUGAUACAAAACCUCUCCGGGGGAAUGUCCAACCUUUUUAGCAGCAUCAGUGCAAUGCUUCAGUGUUAUUAUGGGCAACUCACUAAUGUUAUUUCUUUAUCAUUUCGGUCUGCACAGGGACAGUUUUGCAAACAUUCAUCUGCAAAGAUUAGCAAAAGAAAACACCGACUGCCCACGCCUCUGCAAGUUAAAUCCUUAUCCAAGCACAUGUCUAAAUGUCUGUAAUGGGAACAGUAUCCAAACUUAUACAGAUAGCAAAAUAGAAACAGAUUUUUAUGUUGCUUUAUUUGGCAAAGGUAUCCAUUAUGGUAACAUUCGUUUGAUUAUGUUAGAUUGUUUUGUAGAGGAUUUCUCCCAAAGACCCAGACUUGUUUGGACUUCUGUGUCCUUGAUUCUUAAAGUCAGUUGUAAAAAAAAACUCUCUACGUCACGGUCAGAUCAGUAAGGUCUCAUUAUUUUGCUGAAUGAACAACCAAAGGUUGCAGGUCAUGUCAUAGUGGAUGCUCAGACUUGAUAACACUAGCUAAAUGUGGAUGUUAGAGAGUUUGAGUUUAAUAUUUUUCAAUUAAAUCUUGACAAAUUUUUGUCCUUGAAUGCUGCACCUGUGGCUUUUCACCUUUACUUCUUUGGGAUACAACUGCUCUGCUGGCUAUGAAUCAGAUACUGGACCCUGUAAAGGACACCAGAGUACAGUCAGAACCUCUUUAAACUCAAAAACUCUGUUUACUGUGUCUCGACUACACCUAUCUUAAACAAAUACAGUCUCAAACAACAGUAACGCAAUAAAACCAACCUCUGGAAACAUUCACUUCUAAGUUUUAAUUGUUGUCAAAUGACAGACUGUGGUUUAACUUUACAGUCUACCCAUACAAAUGUUAUUUGAUCAGAGGACACAUUAAAAACACCUUUUAUUGCAGCUCUACUAUCAAAGCUAGCAAAGAAGUUUAGAUAUCACACUACAGCGGAUUAUCUGACAAUUAAACAACCCCAUGCUUUGUAAUUAAGCAAUAUCACAUGAGUGUGAGGUGUUUUGCACCUUUACAUGACAGUUGUACAAGCAGUAAAUAGUGUGAUGUUAUGAUGAGGAACAAAUGGUGACUUUUAUAGCCUAACUGAAACUGGAUUGUUGAUGCUAGGUUGAUGCCAAACAUUGACAUGACACCCUAUAAGUCCCUAUGGUUACUGUAGAUAAACUAAUGCAUGUUUCUAUCAUCAUCUGAAAUAAAAGUCUUCUUUAUAAACUGGAGGCGCAUAAAUUAAGACUGAUGUUAGCUUACUGUAUUCGGGAUAACUAGGGCGGACUGAUACACACUGGACAAGGUCUUAUGCUGCAUUCGAGUUACCUCGGAAGUCAGAUGUCGGAGCUGCAAAUGACUGGAGUUACCAGCGUUUCAGUUACCAAGUCGGAAAAAAGCAAAAUCGGAGGCGAAAACAAGAUGGCUACAUCUACGAAAGUUAUUUUAGCGCUUGCCUCGACAAGGUUGUGUCAAGAUGUAGCCAUCUUGUUUCUGCCUCUGAUUUUGCUUUCUUCCGACUUGGUAACUGAAACGCUGGUAACUCGGGUGUGAUGUCAUUUUCAGCUCUGACAUCUGACUUCCGAGGUAACUUGAACGCAGCAUUAGAGCUGUUUUCAUGUAUAUGGGAACACAUGCAAUGCCUCUCAUCCACUCAGAUGCUUGGUCAGACCAGCUAGUGAUCCUUUUGCUCUUUAUUCACCUUUAUAAAUCCAAAGUAGGCAUCAAAAACAGAGUGGCCUAUGUAGAUCAUGCCCUUUAAAACCUGGCAAACUCUAUAUGACAACUUCAGACAUGAGCUUUUUUCUUGGACUGUUAUAAGCCUAGAAACAAAAUGCCAUCUACUUUACAACAGUAAAUGGAUAUAGUCAGUGUUGGGUUAAAAAUGUUUGACUUUUUUUGGCUAAAUAUGGCUAAAGUGCUCAACUAGACUUGUCAAACUUGAUUUCCCUUAAAUGUCAGUAAAUUGAACUUUCCAUGUUCAUAUCUUCUCAUAGCAAAAGGUGUUUCUUUGUAUUUCAUGAGACAGAUAUAUGGUUUCAAAUGACCAGCUGUUGGCCAAUCGGGUUUUAAUGAGAAUGACGUUGAAAACGUUUUUGCGCUUUGUCAGUUGUUAAGAGGAUAAGCAUAAAUUCCUGUUUGUUUGAGUCAGAUUUAAAAGCCUUCACUGCUGGUGUGAUUAAAUGAAUUCUCUCUGCAGUUACAGGUUAGCGAGCAGGUGUGGUACAACCUGUGAUACAGCUGGGAUAGUCAUUCAUAUUGGUCUUAGCUGAGACCGUCUGAAGCCUGUUUAAACAGUUAUUGACAGGGCAGGCAUGCGUGCAGUGUAAACUGGCAGCUUUAAUCUUUAAAAUCUGAAAACCUCUUUUCAGAUGCAGGCUGUUAUUAGCAGAUUUAUGCUAAGCUGGGUGGAUAAGUUGUGUUGGGGGGCUCCUGUAUCACACACAGUCUUUUCUGCAGGUGUUUAGCUACAAUAAAAGGUAAACGAAAUGAAAAGACUCCGGUAUUAAGCUUGUCUUUACAAUCAGAGUUUUACUUUAAUGAAGAAGCAUCUCCAGGAGAUUGUCCUCCAGGCCCUCCUUCAGCACAGAGGAACAGUAUUUUAUUGAAUGGUGCUAAAACUUUGAUGUACAGCUGAUGUAAGCUAUAAUAUGAUUGUUGAUGGUGUUGGCACCCUUUGUACUUUGGCUGUCUGCAGCUUUUAAUUCCACUAUGUCCCAUAUCAUUAAUCAUUUCCUCAUGCUGUCAAUAGAAAGUCAUGUUGCAGAGGUGUAUGCUUCAUAUAAAAGAUACGCAGCUGUAUAUAGUUUCUGCCCUGACUGUCUGCAGGCUUUUGCACUCUCUAAUUCUGUGCAACAAAGACGACAAUAACAGACCUAAUGUAAUGCUUUAGAGUUAUACAUCAAGUAGCAAAGUACUGACAAUCACCAGGUAAUGUUGUAAAUUAUGACAAACCUUUGCUAUUCUUCACCCAGUUACAUAAAAUAACAAGUUAAUUGAUGUUGUGAGGUUGGUAAUGGAGCAGCAUUUAAACUUUGUGAAUAAGAAAGACACCCUGCACUCACCUGUCACCUCCAGCUGACAGCUUCCCUGUCACCCUGAAUGGCACUCCGAUGCAGGAAAGGAGAGUGCAGUCUAUUUAUAGCGUCGUUUAUGAAUUGUGGGCCAUUUUGAGUAAGUGAAGAGGAACAUCGGGGACAGUUUUCUGGUGGAUUUAAUUGCCUUUCUGAUGAACCAGCAUGACUUCUUGUUUUUGGAUCAGUUUAAAGAGACUGUUCUGGAGUCCUCUGGCUUUUCAGGAGACUUUUUUAAUGGUUUCAAAGUUGUGUAGUUAGCUGUCUCUACAAUGAGAACAUUAACCUACUUAUUUGAGAGAGAGCGUAUUAUGCUGCAUUUUAGUGUAUAAACCUGUGAUGGAAAGAGCCAUAGCAGUCAAUAAUGCAGGUUAAGUUUCACAAUGCUUUAGGUGCGGUGAACUGCACUUCGACCUUAUUAGUAAAUCAUUCCUCACUCUAGACGAAUAAUUCCGAGUAAUAAUCUCCUUAAUGCCAGAUUUGAGAGUGAAGGAACUGUUGAGUUUUGUUUUGGGAAAUGUUAAUCCUGUAUGCAGAGCCGGCUGUAUCACGCAUGGCUGUUUGUUUUUGAAUGACAGACUUUAUGUGUAGCGAACCAGUCAACCUAAAUUUUAACGUAUCUUAACCAGAUUCUGCAUCGUAGUUUGAAGAAUGUCACAAACAACACCUUUGACUCUCUCAGUCAGUUGGUCUGUGAUAUUGGCUUCUUCUACCUUGGAUUUAAUUCAGGAUCAUUUUUGGAGAGGCAAAGCCAUGAACUUUGGCGUAGUUAAGGAGUUAAGAGAUAAACAGGCAGGUUUUAGCUCGUAGAGGAAGUAGAAAAGGACCAUACGAUGAGGAUCACCUGAUUUGACUGCAUGUGAACUGACGCAUUUAUUGAUGUUCAAGCUCAUCCACUGCCAAGGAAAAGCUGAAAGCUUGAGUGUUUUAACUUAUUGAUUCUCUUAGAGAGGAUGUGUGUGUGAUCAUGAGAGGAUUAAGGAAGAGCAACAAGCAAAUUAAGAGCUAAUGUAACUGUUUAUGUGCAAUACCCGUGACAGCAUGAAGUCAUUGGGUGCUGGCAGGAAUCAGACAACACAGUACAAUACAUGGGUUAAGAUUCAAUAUAAUAUCUGAUGUUAUUAUAAUAGAUGUUGUUACCUUUAGCCUCAUCUGGCUCUUAGGUGUUCUUCUUGCUUAUGCUACUUGUGGGUAUCACAUGACGUAACUGUACGUGUGGCGCCAUCUUUAUGUAUAUUGAAUUGAAUUUUCCUUCAGGGAUAAAAAAAGUUCUUCUUAUUCUUAUCUUUCGGACCAACCUGGGACCAGACAUCAACAAUUAACACACCUCCUAUCUGCUGUGGAGCAUAAGGCAAAAAGUAAAAAAAAAAAAAAAAAGCAGACUGACCUUUUUAUGUCUUUCUGUUUUUUAGCAGACCUCUCCUCAGCUUGCCUUACAGGUGCAGUGAGCCACAAGCUCUGUCCCUUUCUCCUGUACGGUGAAGUAUAAAUUUAAGAUGUUAGAUUUAUGAAGCCAUGUAGUUCAAUUUUAACACAUGUAAAAUGCCAUUAAAGCUUUGGUGCUCUAAAAUGAGUGAGUAUGUGAGUAUGUCUCAUUGAAUGUAAAUCAAAGUUUAACAGAUUACAAAACCACUCACUUAAAACACAGUUGAAAAGUGAUAGCUGCCACAGCCUCAGCAUUCAAACUAUAGUGGAAAGUAUUAAAUCAGUGCGUCCAAGAUCUGCUGCUGCUCAUAUGUUCAUAUAUAACCUAUAUGUAUACAUUUGGAUAGAGUUUAUUGAUAUAAUUGAUUAUCAUUUUAUAUAUACAUAUACAUAUUUCUUCUUCUUUUGUAUCCCUUGGGAUAAAGAAAAAAAAGAGCAGACUCUUUUUUUGGUUGUUAUAUCAUUGUGAAAUAAAAAGAUGUUUAAAAGAAAAAGAAAAGCAUUUUUCAUGAGGAGGCACAAAGUUAUAAUCUGUACAGACUACAAAAAUGUAAGAGUAGUGGCAAAAAAGUAAGUUUUCAUUACUUAAUAGAAAUCUUUUGAUAAACACUUCACUCACCUAAAGGCUUCUGUGAGGAAAUUAUAACCAGGUUUGAAAUAAAAACUGGUGCAUCAUUAUGGGCUUAAAAGCAGAAAUGACUUUGUUGUGUUCAAUACCAAAUAGUCUUAUCCUUCAUUUUUCAUUUACACCAAGUGAUAGUUGAAAAAUGAAUUAUCUGCAAACAAAAACAAAAAGUACCAAGCAAAACAUCAGAGAGAAACAAUUUACCACUUUGUACACAUGGGGCGCCAAAGUUCACGCAAACCAAAAGUUAGCGAUUGUAGCUUUAAAUGUUUUGUGAAAAUAGGUACAGAAGAAAAUAAGUUAUUGUUGAAAUCAGUGCAAUUGGUUAUAUCUAAUCCUCAGCUGGGGUAUAGCUAAAUGUGGGACGGCUGUGAUGUGAUUAUGAGUGCAGGAAAGCGAGCUGUGUUUUGGACAAGGUUUGUUCAGUCUGUGAACUUUUCAUAUAAUCUUCUAGAAAGAUCUCACAGGUCAGAAGUGGGGAGUAGUGGAUGAGUGUCUUUUUGAGCUUGUUGCCAGCAGUUGUGCUUUAUAGUAAACGUCUAUAUUUGACUCCAGCAAAACACUUGCUGUCAGCACUUAAUGGUAACAUCAUCUGUACUGGUUGUCAUGAAUGUAUUUCAAACCUGUUUCAUGUGGUUGGUAUGUAGUUUUUGAGUUCCUCUCCUCUCUGUUUGUAAACAUAAAUAAUUCUGUAAACCUCUCAGGAAUCUUCACAAGGCAUCAAAAUGUCCUCCCUUCUUUUUCAGAGUGGGUCUGGUGGUUCUUUUCUUUUUUUUCUGGGGUUAUAAAUGUAUCACUAAGUCCUGAAGUUACACAGGUGAGCUGCGUCUGGGUCAGCACCACUUAGUGUCUAUCCACUCAAGACAUCAGCAGUUGAGUCAAUGGAGAAGUUACUUUAUUCAUGGGGAGUUGAAUAAUUCACACCCUCAGGUUCUGCCAGAGUUCACUCAGUAAAAUACAGACAUGACGGUACCAAGAGCUCAAGCUUUGAAAGUAUUUCAUAAAUCCUGGAUUUCCUGAAUAAUGGGCUCCUUGUUUUACAUGUGUUGCUCAACCAGACUUUAUUUUCUACUGUGUUUUGUUCCGGUAUUGUGUUGCAGUAAACACCCGUGCAACAAACUGCAUCAGGCAUGUUUUGUUUGGCUUAUAACUUUUUGCAUUUUUUGUUAUGAGAGUACACUGUGAGAAAAUCACAGGUGUUAAAAAGAUUAUUAUACAAAAAAGGGAAUUUAUUUGACCUUGGUAUAAAACGUUUGUGUUUGAGGCUGAAGUGGUCAUAGGACUUAUGUAAUGGACCAGAUUUAUGUAGCUUGCAUACGUUAGUGAUUCUGCUGCAGUCUGUCACCUUCUGCUACAUCUGAAUGAUGAGCUGCAGCUUCUCUGCAUUUGCCGAGAAUCAUCGGAUUGAGAAGAUUUGUCUCUUUUUGCUUAAUAGACAGUAAAAGGUGUAAUUUCCCUGUAGAUCCACUGUGUUCAGAAAGAUUUUGGCAACAGAGUCAUUUUGCCUUUGGUGUCUGGGCAGUCGUGUCCAGGUCAGUGUGUGCAGCCAGGGCUGUAAAUGAAGGUCCCAAGAGUACAGGAAGUUCUUUUUAACAAGGGCGUCUCAGUAAACAUGCUGAGGUGCUGAAAGGUACAUAAAAACACACAGCAUUAACUUUAAAUUGGAAACAAAUUGUAAAAUGAAAAACAAAUAGAAGAUUUUCAUUUAGAUUUAGGUGUAAUUUUAGCAGUUAGGCUGAUGUGCAAGAGCCCUGCUUUUAGGAUCAGAGAUUCCCUAUAGGGACUCACAAAUGAGGCUUUGACUUUCAUUUUGUUUGGGCUGGUGUGUCGUUGUAUAGACUCCAAUAAAAUUAGAACUGCAAACAAGUAGUUUGAGGAUCUUAUAGCUUGGAAAACUGUUAGUUUACAGACCUGAAACAAAUCCAAAGAGGCAAAGUCCCUAUUUGAUGACAAAACUCGACGAGUUCCCCUCUUGAACUUGUGUUAAAAGGUUCAUUCAUUGUUCAGUCACUAAAGGGUAAAAAUUUGCAAAGGUUUUACAACUCAUUUAUCGAGCAGCAAAACAAAGAGCCCACAUCUUUGUUGGUGGGCGUCACUGUGAGGAGGCACUACAGCUCGUUUCACAUUUGCAGAAAAUUCCUGAAAUUUCCAGACUUUAUUUGGGUGGGAUGAAGUUUGUGUGAAUGCAAACGGCAGACUCUUUAAUCCUGACUUUUUCCAGACUUUGUUUCUGCAAGUCCACAGUAAAACUCUCAGGAGAAGUUCGGGUAAGCCGAUGUGUAAACACAACAGGUAAAAGUCAGGAAAAUUUUGGGGCGCUAGAAAGCUGGUUAAUUUCUCUGCGUAUUACUCUCUCUUGUUCGCCUUACAAACAUCUUUUUAGAUGUGAAGAUAUGAAAGUAUUAUGAUAUAAACACAAUCACAAAACCAGUCAGUAAUACUUCUCCUGUUCCUGGAUUCAUUUAUCACUUUUAACCUUUUAGUUUCAAAGAAAAAGAACUUAAGCUAAGUUAUGGAUAAGUCCAUAACUUAGCUUAAGUUCCAUAGCAGCGGCCCUGAAUUAUAUAAUCAUGUGUUACAGUCAUGUUGAUUACUAAAAAGAUCUCACUGCGGCCACAAUCCCAUCACUGGCUGCCACUUUACCACCGUUUUGACAAGUAGAGAUCAAGGUUGUCGGGGGGAUGAAAAACAAACAGGUCUGACAGCGACAUCCCACUGAGGCCUACGCAAAACUUCCCUCUGCUAACGAGCGUUCCCAUGGUAAUGAUGGUGUAGCAGAAUUGGCCAAAUACCUUCUGAACACACCUCUCCGUUCUUACAGCGUGAGUGAAAGAUCUCAGCCCUGUGGCGUGUUCACUGACCCUCAAGAAAUUGAACUGGAAGUCAGCAACAGGGGAUUAUUAUAGCAGCUGGAGGCACCUCGACCCUCAGCAGUACGCAAUUGUGUGAGUGGAUUUUAUUUGUUUUGGACUUGAUGGCUCCCUGGAUUUUUGUUGGCAGUUACCUCCGGUUAGAAUCCUUUUACGUUUUUUUUAUGAAAGAUCAAGCAAGGAAAAAAAAAGCAUCUUUAUACUCUUCAGGUGUCAAUUCAGGACCCUCUGAGUUUUCACUUGUGUGCAGUGGCUGUAUCAUCAAUUUGUCCCACUCUUAACUAACAUCUUUACAUGAUUAGCUCAGCUGUAUGUCAUUCUGAGCUACAGUAAACUGGGAUAACAUGCACUGAGUAAUUGGUGAGGUAAGCCUGCCAUUCAGCUGUGUCUCCUGUGAAAAAUGUUAGAUCCCUGCCUGUCUGUCUGCUUCACUUUUACCCACAAUGCAACUGUAGAUGGGUAACAAAGCUCAGUCACAACACAGUGUCCUUGCAUAUUUAAACCAAAAUGUGCCUCUUGCUUAUUUUUGGUCCUUUAAAUCUGUAAAGCUCCAAAUGAGGGAUUAGCACCACAAAUUCCCAUAUUUGGAUAUUUCAGAAUACUUUAGAUAGACUGUGUUGAGAUCUGGUGACUAUGAAAACAUGGUAUAUCAGUCAACCAGCUCAGUGACUGGAUCAUGACUCACUUAUUCAGGUUUAGGCCUCAUGUUUUUUUACCCAGUUUGUGUUUUUCCCAGAUAACUUUUGGACUUUGAUUUGUAGUUUAUUUGUUGACAUUACAGAGAAAAGGUGUUCCCAACUACUCUCCUCUUACAUGUGACUUUUUCAUCAUGGAGCAUAAGAUUUCCCUGGGUUUCCUCUUCUUCUGUUGUGCUUCUCUCCAUGAAAGGUUCAUCCUUACAUGCACCUGUGUCACAGUUUGUGAUUUUGGGUCCCCCCGGGAUUGGUUUUGCCCAGUGGUGUCCAUCUGAAGGCAUCUUUUGUGAUCUUGUUUUGUUCUAUGGCCCAGCCAUCCCAAGCUUUUGUGUGUGAUUUCCUCGAUAAUGCUCUGGCUACCAGUUUUUCUAUCUGGCUGCCUUUGCUACAACUAUCACAUUUUAGCCAAGAAAAUAAUUAAAAGAUUUUUUGACAGUGACUAAAAAUGAUGUUGCAUCUCUAACACACACACAACACCUCAAGCUAUAUUGAGGCUGAACUCUGACCCAGUGGACUUUUUAUAAUGUUACCCUAACCUGCCCCAACCAUACGUCUCAGUUACUAGUUUAUUAAUGGAGCUGUAGAAGACAGUUCAUUGGUUAACAUUAACAUCUGUUGUCCAGGCCUGUGUUACCUGUCAAAGACUAAUGACAGUGGGUGGGGUAAAACUUGUCUCUAAUGAAGACUGAAAGGAGCAGCACUGCUUAAGGGUAGACGACAGGUGAACCUUUAAAUAAAGCCCCAUAAUCUGUCUGUGUUCAUUCACGACAGCAGGUGAAUCCAGAAACUGUCAAACACAUUGUUCUGUCUCUCCUUCAGGGUUUCCCGUGUAUAAAGUUACUGAGUCCUCUGCUUCCUCAUCUGUAAAUCAUUUUCAGGAAAAAGAUGUCAGUCACAGCCUUGUUGAGUACCCCCUCCUUAUGCCUCCCACUUCUUAAGAAAAAUGAAAGUUAAAUAGCUUACCAUGAUAUCAGUCACUGUCACAGGGAUUUAACUAAAGAGGCAACGAUAUUGUACUUAAAGCCUGAGUACAAUUACGCAGUGCUUGUGUGUUAAUAAUGUUAAUAAUGUUAGCUAGCUUAGUACGGAUCUUAAACAGAAAAACAGAAUUUUAAGGUGAAAUAAUAUAUAUAAUUAGUUUAAAUUCAACUAACAACCUAGGAAUUAAUUAAUUUGUUUCAGGAAUAUGUAAGAAGUAAUGAAGCAAGCUGUUUCCUCGUUUAGAUGUUGUUACACAUACGUUUUAAGGUUGGAGGAGGUUUUGGACGUUUGUGAAACAGACUGAAAUUCAUAUUGAUGCCUUUCUAUAAUAACUGAAAGCAAACAAAACCAUCAGUGACAAAUUUUAGAGAAAUUUUAGAUGUUAAUUUUUAAUGUUUGUAACCGGUGCAAGAGGGUAGUUGUCAGCAGUGCAUAUGAAGACAAAGUCCUGCUUUUAUGAUUAGACAUAUACCCUAUCAGUAAAAAAGCCAGCUUUAAAAAAGAACAUUUUUGUUUAUGUUAUUGUCUGUCAUUUUUAAAGCAGCUAGGUUAAUUAUUUUUAUCCCCUUUGGUAGUAUGGCUAAGUAAGCUAACCAAAGCUAGCUAACUUGCUUACAUUUAGCUCAGAGAAGAGAGCUUAAAGCUUCUUGUUCAUCACUACAAUAACAAUCGUUACAUUCAUUAUUCAUUUAAGACAGCUGACAGUAAGGAGACCAAACAGUGAGCAACAGGUGAGUCAGUGACAUGUUUUUAAUUCCUGAAUUUUCCCCACAGGGUCUGUUAGCAUAGACAAGUUUGGAGCACCAGGAGGGGCUGACUCAGUGUGAGGUCAGAUGUUCUCACAGUCUUAUGAAUUAGACAUGAGUGACGGUGUGGUCCGGCUAUGAGGACAGCGCAGUUGAGAGCGUAGGCUGAUGUUGGCAACAUGAGGCCAUUUGUGACGUCUGCUUUAUUAAUUAGUCAUAAACUCUGAGUAUCAGGUGGUCCCAGCUGCUGACAAAUAGGAGAUUACCUCUUAGAUGUUACCUACUGUAGUUGUGUAAGAGGCAGAGAAGGGUGUUGUGAAGGGACUGAAUUAAUUCUUACUGAGAUAAAUGUCCUAUCUUGAAGGUUCUUGAAGCUGACUAUCACUAAAACCAAAUUCUUUUCUUUCAGGCUCCAGAGAGUUCAUGUUAUGACCCCAGUUCACCACUUCUCCUCUGAUUAUCUCCUGUUGUUUUUUGUUUUUUUUUGCUUGUCAGAAACACCUUUCUCUUCUGUUGUUGAAGCAGAGAGGAGUAUCAGAUCACUGCAGCCAUGUCAACCAUGGCAGUGAGUGAUGUGUGUGUCCUGAAACAGGACCAGUUUCCCUCCAACUGAGAGCUGCAGUGCUAACCUGACAUAGAGGCAGAGACAGAGAGGAGGGUCAGGCACCUCCUUUCCUUCUGGUCUGUGAGGUUGGAGAAUGCUUGGGUUUUUUCCGUGCUCACAUACUGAACAAUCUAUAAGCACUUACAGUAGGUGCAAGAAAAAUUACUCUGGUGUUGCUUCUUAGAUUGUUGUUAAAGGUAGCCAGGACUUGGGUUGUAGUGGAUUAUCUGCAUUCAACAGGUUGAAUCACCGUCCUACACAAUAACAUUUAUUCACUUGUACAGCUGCUUGAUGAUAUCUGACAAAGCUGCUUUAACUACUCUUUGCUGUUGCUCUGUUAUGUUUGUUAAUGGUGUCACUCUGUGACAGGCCCUUCCCUCAGGUGAUGUUGAUGUGAAAACAGCUGAGACCGCAGGCUGUUUUCAAUAAAGCUGUACUCAGGAGGACAUCUAUCCAUCCUGUAAACGUUAAUUUUACUUGACUCUGUCUGAUGGAAAUUAAGUGGAUUAUAUUAAGUGGACAAAUAUUGGGCAGAUUUAUAUCUUACCUUGAAUCCAAAUGAACUUGCACCUGCUUUAAGACCACAUAAGAGAGUCUCUCAGCUGUUUAUGUAAUCACGUUUCUAUUUGUUUUCUUGCUACAGGAAAAUGUCUUGAGAUAAAAUUGAUACCUGAUUAUGUAACAGAAUCUUAGCAGUGGUUGUAAUGUCUGUGACCAUUAAUCACCCCACAGCCUGACUUCAAAGCCUUUCAAAAGUAGAAAAAAAAUAGGAUUUGUUAUUUCCCUCAUUGUGAGCCUCUUUGUCUAGGUACCCCCUCUCUUUUGAUCUUUGGCACCCCUUAAUUUCCCCUAAUUUUGGACUGUGCACGACAACAUGCGUGACUGCCUCUAUAUAAUCCGUCCUGUGUUGUUUUUGUUGCUCUUGCAGCUCCAUGGCCAUCGCAGACCUCCGCCCUCUACCCCCAGGAGGUAACCUUCAAAGGCUCUGCUCAGCACGAUGGCUGACCAGCUGAGUGAUGGAGACGGACAGAAUCAAAGGACAUGCUCCCUUCAUUGUGACUAGAUGAAGGGACACCUCACUUCCUCAGUGUUGAGAUAAUUUUAGGCUAAAUUGAUGUACCUAAAGAUAAAAAAAACAGUUAUUCUGAGAUCUUUUUUUGUGAAAAUAAAGAUCAGGUAAAUAAGUUUUGGCUCCACUAUCUGUCAGAUUAGAGCUCAUAUGCUGGCUGUUAUUCCCUGUGAGGCUUGGUAUGAGUUUUCUACCUACAACCAAUGAGCCAGAGAGCUGCAGCAGUGAGGGAAGCAGCUGCACCACCUCCUCCAUCACCACCUCUGACCCGUCCUCUAUGUCCGCACACACUCACGCCAACAUACCUUCCCUCAGCGAUGACCCCGACACCUCCAGCCACAAAGCUCCCCCGCCUCCCCCCCUGCCACCACCUCCUCCCCCAGAUGCACCUCCGCCCCCUCCACCUCCGGCUACCACGUCCACCAACCAAAACACGAGGAAGAAGCGCCGCGUGCGCAGCUUCUUCUGGAAGCCGAUACCGGAGGAGAGGGUGCGUGAGAAGCCCAACAUCUGGACUAUGGCGGUGCGGCAGCAGCAGUACCAGAUCGAUGUGCAGUCAGUGGAGGAGCUGUUCGGGCAGCAGGAGGAGGCGUCCACAGGAGUGCGUGGGCCAACAUUGGCCAGAGGGUCCUCAGCUCGAGUCUCCAGGUCCCGAUCCUACAAGGAGAGCAGCAAGGAGGACGUGAGUGUCUGUCAUGACUCUGCUGUAACACCAUGCAGGGUGAAAAAAUGUGUCUUUACAAUUAACAAGGUCAAAACACUCACAUAGAGAUCAUGCAUCAGUGCUAAUAAGACUGGAGUGGCCCGCUGUGUGGGAAGUCCUUACAUUUCACAUGAAGGACUUGCAGUACAUAUUAUAUAACUUGAAUCAGUUGAUUGGUACGCAAAGACGACAUAAAGCUGGUGUAGCCUGUCACACAUUCACAACAGCAUUCUUUUAUGUCUCUAUUCUAGCUGUAUUAUGUAAAAAAGCAAAAGGUGUCUUUCAUACCAGACAAGAUUUGCUUGCUGUUUAAAAGGAGAUGGACUGAGUUGGCUCUUAUCUUAUCUUAGCCGAUAAAGUUACGCUUCAAAACUAAAUUAAUCAGUGGUCUCCUCAUGAAAAACACUGACAAGCACAGUUGUCAUAUUGAAAUUAAACGUGACACGACAGUGAUUUGCAUCCAGACUUUUACGGCAGAUGAGCUAACUGUAAGAGUACAGUAUCUCUACAAGAGAGUUGAGGUUGUUUCAACUGCCAAAACUAUGUAAGGUCUAACCCUAAGACUCCUGACAUCAGUCGUCUGGCACACUGUCAUUAUCGGGUCUAACUGAAAUACGUUCAGACUUGUUACUAAAAUAAUCUGUCAUUUCAAAAUCAGUAGUUGGAAAAUGCAAAUUGAUUUUGUAAAAAAAAAAUUAAAAACAAUAAUUUACAUAUAGACUUUUGCAUCACCUGCCAUUGUCCUUCAAACAUGUGUGAAACCUGCUGGUGACCAAAGAUCCUGAGCACACUUUUAAGACAGGAUUUACUGUACCACAGUACAUAACUCUACUCACACUGAACUAAAAUCUCUCCGCAGGGACAAGUUAGGUAACUGUGCUCAGUUACAGCUUUGCUUUGAGUGUAAAAAAAUUGUUUGUGCCCAUAAACAAAACAACAGAUUCUUGCGUCAUUGACUCCUGAAAAGAAACACGUGAGCUGUAAAGCAACACCUACGUACAUGGAGCAUAGAGACAUAUGACACAAAGUCACCUCUCUGUCAGGACAAUGGAGCGACUCCAUCCUCAGAGUGUGAGCCGUUUUCAGUCGGAUCAAACUCUCCUUUGGGAGUUUUUUCUCAACAGUUAAAACUUUUUAAAAACUUUUCACCUGAAUUAAUAACUCAUUUUAAAGAAGAUGAAGGAGAAGAAGAAUUUUAUUGAAGGAGGAGUCUUACAGUCCUGUUACCAUUCUUUAUAUAUUCAUUACUUUAUGACACUUAGUUUAUAUAAAGACACGUCAAAGUCAAUUUUAUUCCCGUGGUCUUUUGUCUGCUCUCCUCCACCUGAGCUGGAGUCAUUGUCUUCAGUUGAAACGCCUUUCUAAAAGCAGUAAUGAGGUGUUGUUAGGGAGUCUUUUUAAAAAUGUACAUACUGCACAGUCUCCUGUUCAAGAAAAGCACUGAGAGCCAUUGAUAAUGAGGGAGGUGUGAACCUCAUAUGAGGCCCGGUGGAAUUUCAGUAUCCCAUAGGGCAACUAUAAGUAGUGCUGGGGUGGGGAUUUUUGUGUUUUUCACGACAGCAACAGCGAUGUGUGGUAACGGGAGGAAGGGAGGGGUGUGGGUUUAUGUUGUUUAUGAGGAACAAACUGCACCGUCUAAUCAUGCAUGACUUGAGAUGUGUUUCAUGUGUUUCCAGGUCAGCAUCCUUGACUCCAAGAGGGGGAUGAAUGUCGGCAUUUUCCUGAAACAAUUCAAAAAGUAAGUCUGUCCUGCUGUUUUACUCCGAGGGCGGAGUGGAGGGUGUAUUAGUGACAGCACAGCUUUUUCUUAAUUGGCAUAGUGUAUUGUCUUAUUAGCAGUUUUUUAGUCUCUUUUGGCACAGCGUACCUAAGCCCCUGCUUCUGCUAAGAUGGAAAAAUAACACGUUUUUAAAAUCAUAUUUCACUUAAAAAGAUUCCCCUGACCACUUAGUUCAUAUAUCCCAUUUAAAAUGAACUUUGUGUCAAAUUAAGUUAAAAUACCAUCCAUGUACUUUAAGUCUGAGCCACCAACUUAAAGCUCAGCGUACAGGUGCUGCUGAUCAGACUGAUGUGAGAAACCACAUCACCAAAGCCAGCAGAGCUUUAUUGUGGAGUGUGUUUAUCGUCACAGAUCCGGGACUUGAAUCUCAGGCAACAUCUACAGGAGGUUCAGUCAUGGCUUACCGUUUGGGUGAACAAUAGCUUCCUGUAUGUCUAUCUGUUUACUGAGCAGAAACCUAAAGACUAAUGUAAUCAAAUUUUUCCUUCUCUAACCUAGUUUCCUGUACAGUCUACUUGUUAGAUUCCUGUGGGCCCCUUGUUAUGAAAUUUGGUGCAGUUGUGUAAAAGUUUUCGAGCCUUGAGUCUUAAAGGCUAAAUUAUGAAGCUGAAGCUGUGAAAGAUAUGAGCUAUACAUAGUGUCUUGGCAAAAACACAGAUUGUGGCAUGCAUCUGAAAAGUUUGAACUGGAUCAUUUGAGAAUGAAGGAAAACUGAAUAGACGUGUGUCCUUGAGACUUAUUAAAAACAUUUUCCAUUUUUAGUUUGUAUUAUUAAGCCAGUCUGUGGCAGAUUCCAUGAAAAAGCUUUAAAGCCACAGGAGAUUAGACUCCAAAUCUGUAUCAGCUACUGAAAUAAGCCGUCUUAAGCACGGCAUUGUUUAUAAUUAAUUAGAGAUGGAAAUCUUAAGUUGUGUUUGAUCAGACUCAACACUUAAAUCGUCGUGUUGAAGAAGUAAUUUGAAGCAGAGUAUAGGAGUUGUGUGUUUGCAUGUCAGUGUAUUUGCAUUGCUCCCCACUGUAUUUCAAUGACAUUUGACUGUCGGCCAUACUUGGGUGAGUCAGGGCUGACUGUGAGCGCUGACAUCAUUACAGUGACUAAUUUAGGGUGAGUGGCGGUCAAGUUUGAUACAAAGACUAAUAUGUACAGCUCUACCAUCACUUAAUACUGGUUUGGAUAAACUUAACUUCCCCUUCAAUUAAAUUCAAUAAGUGUAACUGUCCAGUACAGCUGUGCACCAAGACCGAAACAUCUCUGAGGCUGUUUGAGGAAAUCUGAAUCUUUCUUUGCUUGUGUAUUUUUGUCUUUAUUUAAGUUAUUUUCGGGGCAUUUUCAAAGUUAUUACAUAGGAAAGUGAAGAAGGCGUCCAGUGAGCAGUUAAUAACUGCUGUGACAUGGACCAUAGGUCUGCACAUAGAGAACGUACCUCAGUUGGUAGGCCACCUGAGCCUCUCUAAUCUGACUUUUAGUUUUGGUUUGCUUGUUUUAAACAUCAUAUUUAUGUAGCACACAAGAACUUAAAGGUGAGGUAGGCAGGAUCUGAGGAAGUACCAAAUUGGGGAGAAAUCUUGAAUGUAAACACUACCCCUCCCAACCAGUUUUACCCUAAGCUCCUCCUCUCCCCUCCCUCUCUGCUCCAGCAAGAUCUGCCCACAAACAGACGCUCCUGCUCGUUCGUAUCGUUUCAGUUAAAUUCAGAAUGGCUUCGUUUACAGUCAGAAAGAGCGGGCCGCUCAAAAAAUGUUCAAGUGUUGACUACACAGACAUAACAACAUAGUAACUUGAUGGCUGCAUAUAGUUUUUAAAAACAACAUGCUAUGUUAUCUCUAAUGUCUAUCUAAGAUCCUUUUUUUUUUCAAAUUUUUUCAGUAACUUAAAACUGUGACCUUUUAGUAGCAGAAAAAAAACUUUUUAUGGGCAUACUAUAAGCAGCAUCAGCCCCUAAUUCUCCACUAAAUGAGGCCAAGAUUUCCAAGAACACAUGUGACAGUCUGUCCCCAUGUUUGAAAUACUGUAUCUAACUAUAAAUUUUGCUAAGCCAGGCAGUUUUUUGUAACUCAAACGAGCAUCUCUAGAGAUUACCCGUGCUAUUCAUCAUCCAACCUAAUUGAAAUAUUUCUCAUCCAGGUCCAACAGCUCCAUCGUGGAGGACAUUCGACAAGGAGAAGGAAAGAUUUACGGAGCAGAGCUGCUCAAAGACCUGCUGAGGCUCCUGCCCGACGCUGACGAGGUCUGUGUCCUUUCAGUAGCACUGAUCAUAAAGACCGAAAACAGCACAGACAGCUGAGCUUCCUCUUUCUUUAUCUUCACUCACAGAUCAAGAAGCUUCAGUCAUUUAAAGGAGACCCAGACAAGCUGACACUGGUCGAUUCCUUUAUGUUCCUCCUGAUCCAGGUGCCUCGGUAAGUUGGUUUUAUGGUGUGUACAGACGUGUCGUCUCACUCAAUAGGGAAUGUAAAAUUGAUUGAUUGUUAAUAAAAGAGGAUUUGCAUCUUCCAUUGUGGUAUUUUUUAAAGUUAGAUUUAUGGAAACUUUGACUAACUUGUGCUUCUUGCCUUGCUCUCAAAUGUUAAUCGAUAAGUUUUUAAUCUGUAUUUGAUAUUGAUUGUUUGGAAUCUUCACUCUCAUCCUGAAAUGUUUCAAAAAUGAUGUACGCCAAGAUUGAUGUUUGUUUUUUUUAACAGAUACACUGUUUUUUUUGCACAUACUAAUAUGUUAAUCCAAAGAAUAAAUGUGCUAAUGACACAGAAGAACAAGACAAGCAAAAAACAAUUAUUUAACAGUAAUUGAACAAAAGCUGAAAGCAGAAUACAAGAAAUCUUGAUGCAAAUGAAGCUGAACUUUGUGCACUGUGUUUCAUGUGCAGCCUUAAAUUGAUCUCCCUGAAACUGCUGCAGUUGUUGAUCUGCCAUUAUCACCUCAAGAGUUACGUGUCAAAAAAGUAGAAAACUGACAAAACAUCUUGUGUUAGCAUGGGUUUGUCUGAAAUUGAUAUUUUUUAUGUCUCAUUUGCAAUCAUGGAUACAUUAUAGUUUAAAAAAAGGUUUGAAUUGGUUUACGUGACCCCCACUUUGAGAAUUAAAGCUUUAAAAGAAGUCCGACACCUCCUUCUGUCUGGUCACAACCUACAAACUAAGAUUCACCUCAGUGGAUCUCACAUUUGACCUCUCUUCACUUUGUCUGCGACAGGUUUGAGAUUCGGAUCGAGGCCAUGGUGCUCCAUGAAGAGUUCUUCCCUUCCUGUAACGUAAUGAGCAACGAGAUCGAUACUGUCCGUGUCGCCACUAAAGGUAACAUAACACAGUUGGUGCAACACUAACACACUCAGACUGACAGAGUAACACUCGCUCAGUUGGGGAACCCAGAUAUUUGAGCUGACAGUGAGCUCAACAAAGUGUAGAAAUGAGUCACCUGAGAUACAGACAGAAGAGACAUGGCUGUUUCAUCUUUAUACAGUAUGAAGGGUUUUUUAUUUUUGUGGGUUAAAUGUACGUGGAUGAUACUUGGUCGAAAGUUUGCAAAGAUUCACUUUGGUCUUUUUUAAUUUCAAGUUGAGAGUUACUGUCAAGUUUCAUAUUUAACUCAUCCUCUCCCUUGUCAAUCUCACUUGUACUGAACAUGAACUAAACAGUCUAUUACAGCCAUGCUAACUGCUAAACCCUGACCAUGCUUGGGGAUUGUGGAACUUCAACUGCAUUCACAUGCCCCUCAGAAGAGUGCAUAUCCUAACAUUUUCAAGACUUUGGUGUACUUUUGAGCUUUCAAUGUUCAGAGCACAAUAGAAACUAAAACCAUAUUAAGCAGUAAAAGCAAAAACUCAUGCAAUAGUAUAUCUUUGUUCAUCAUGUUUCUGUGUAACUUGACAUCAAAUUAGCAACUGGUGUUUCAAAACCUUUUAAGACUUUCAGAGGUGUUGGCUUCACAGGAUCUUCCUUUUCCAAUUGUUCCAACACUAUUGGACUGCAACAUUUGAGUGGAAUGCUAGCAUUACCAUGAUAAAGUGAUCACAAUGAAACCCUUUAAUAUUUAGAUUUUAAUUCAGAUCUUGAGAUGAUUUCAAAUUUACCAAGUUAGCCAUGCACUUUAGCAUGCAGACUUCAGGGCUGACUUAAAUAGUAUUUGUUUUGUAGCUAUUCAGUGAACCAAAGUGUAGCACCUUCUGUGCAUGUGACAAUACUUGACAGUGCUGCAAAUACAGAGCUGUGUCCAUACCCUCCUGACAUACUCAUUGUGUUUCUAAGCUGAAAAAAAAGAUCUCUUAAACAGAGCUGUUUUGCUCCCAUCACUUGAGCCUGUGUCAUUUCAGCUGAGUCACUCUCUCUCUCUGUGCCGUAUUGGAUUUUUCUUAAACCUCUGCCACUGUACUGUGACCUUUUCACUGCAUUGCAGGGCUGUCAGUUCAACACUGCAUGGGACAAAUUAAGCUGAACUCUUUCAGCACAUUUGAAUUAAAUCUUAGCAAAGUAAUUUAACACUCAGCCUCCCUGUUAACACUGAAAUAUGAGUUUCAGAUGUAAAAUCUGGUCCAGGGUGGUCAUAAUUGGGCUGCGUGGUGAUGGUAAUAGCUGUAAAGUAGUGUGUUACAGCUGGGUGUUAUCUCCUGUGGCCUGUUUAAUGGUUAUCAUAUUGAUCUCUUUAGAUCUGAUGAACUGUGAGGAGCUUCAUGCUAUUCUGCAUCUUGUGCUGCAAGCUGGAAACAUCCUGAAUGCUGUAAGUGUUAAAGUUAUGAUUUUACAGUAAUGUUUUCAUUAUAUAUUUGACAAUAUAUCAGCCCAACUCAGUGCAUGAAUAUGGUGUUAUUUUAGAGUUCUUUUUAAGACAACAACUGCUGUCCAAAGCAGUCUGUCAGUUGGUUGAAAUAGUGAGUGUAGCUUAGCUUUAAGACUGGAAACAACCAGAGGAAGCUUGGUCAGCUCUAUAGAAAUCCAACGACUCCUCUAAACCUCACUCAUUAAAUUCAACCCUCUCUGCUCAUUUUAUUGGAUAUCAUAAAAUUCAUUUUUUUAUGCCACAAAGAGCAUCAGUCAGGCUGCUUUCCUUUCCCUUUGCUUCAUGCUAGGCUAAUGCGUUGCUGCUCUAAUUUUCUCCACAAAAGAAACAACAGUAUAGGCAUUUAAUUUUUUACUCCAAGCAAGUAGCAAAAUCAGCAUUUUCCUGAAACCCAACUUCUUGUUUAAAUGUUGACCUAAUUCUUAAAUACAGUCUAGAAACAAGCUGAGGUCUAUGGCACAGAGGGAUAAGCUAUAUCAGGCUUUAGCUACAUAGGCUGCACUUGUUAGCUUAUUUAGGGCAUGUUUUGACCUUUUUAUCAGAUUUGUGGUCAAUUAGAAAAACCCAUGGCAGCUUUAUUCUUAACCAUCUGUAUGUGUUACUUUUCAUUGACUUUUCAUUUGAUUUAUUUUUCUUCUGGUUUUCAGGGCGGUUAUGCAGGCAAUGCUGCAGGUUUCAAGUUGUCGUCUCUCCUCUCAUUGGCGGACACCAAGGCGAACAAACCCGGGAUGAACCUGCUGCACUUUGUCGCCAUGGUUAGUAAAGGCUGCAGCACUUUGAGACUUCUCUUUUAAGUCUGAUAAAAUAAAGCAGCGUGGAGCUACAAGGUCACUGCAUUAGCAUAAAAUUGGAUGUUAAAAGCAUUGGAGUGGUCUGUAAGCUGUAGCGUCACUACUUCUAUUUAAGUGUAGGAGUAAAAGUGACCAUUUAGGUCUUUCUUAUGAGCUUUUUUUCUCCAGUGAAGUAGCUACUGUGUUUGAUAUGUAAAUUGCUGUAUAAAGCACUGUUUACAGACAACAGUCUGAAAGUACUUGCAACAACACCAACAAGGACAUAGAAGAUAAAAAAGGGAAAAAGAGCCUGAUAAGAAAUUUUAAAAAAAAUCACACAAAAACAGAAAUUCAAUAACCAGGAGCUAGAGGUGUCCUAAUACAACUUUUUGACUUCCAAUAUGAUACCGAUAUUGUAGCCUUUAAUAUUGACCAAUACCGAUAUUGAUCCGAUAUUAGCACAAAAUUGUGCAUGACAAGUUUUUCACUCAGUGGCAACCUGUUUAUCUGACUUAAAGGGAUAUUUCAGAGUAAAAUUAAGUAACGAGAGACCAUCACCAUGAUAUAUGCUGAUAUUGGACCGAUAUCUAAUAUCGUAUCGGAACACCCCUACCAGGAACAUUCAGAGGCUGAGUAGAAAAACAUAGAACAAUUAGAGUAAAGCAUGAUUUCUGAAAAUAUGUGUUUUGACCGUUUUACUUUAAACAGUUUAAUGUACACUUUUAUAAUAUGUAUUAUUACAGUGUAUUGUAUAAUAUAAUACACUGAUUGAGAGUAUUGUGCUGUAGAAGCUCUUUUGAAGACUUCAUAAAAGUAUCUUCAUGAUGACUCAACACGAUUAAAUCACGUUUUAGUUCUGUUAGGAAGCACAUGUGUGGUCUGUAUCGGUGGGACUGCACAAAACUUCAAAUUUGUGUGAUUGAAAACAAACAAACUGAGAUGCAGAGAAGCUUUUUAGGGCGCUUCUGUGUACAUGUUUCUCUGCUGUCUUGCUCAUGUAAAUAGAGAAGUACUGAAAUAACAGGAGGGCAGGUGGACAGCAGAUGGUGACAGGAAACAGAAUAGAGCCAAGAGAGGCAAGCCAAGCUCUGUUAUGUAACCAGACAAAGAAAAGCAUUUCAAACUGCAGCAGUGUUUCUUGAUAAUGUGGUGAACAUAUGGAUUUUAUUUGUCUGACUCUUCUUUUCACACAGGAGGCAAAGAAAAAAGACGAAAUUCUGCUGAAGUUUCCAGAGAAGCUCCAGAAUGUCCAGAGUGCAGCGAGGUAAACCUCUUCCUCUGUCUUCUUCUACAAAGUCACACAAAGUCUCCUAAAUGAGCAAACCUGGUAUCAAGCAGAGUGAACGCACUAAAGGUUGUUAUCCAGCCUUAAGAGCUGAGAACCUAGAGGUCACAGACUCUAAAAAUGAAGUGAAGUAGACAAACAUGUUGGCUAACCAUUCGGUUUGUGAACUCACUCUGAAAUCCUUGAAUUUCACGUUUUGUUGACUGUUUGUUUUUAUACGGUAAAACUUCUCAUUGUGCUAGUCAAGUCACCUCUGAUUGGACAUUGAGAGGGACUGUAGUUUUAAAGACACUUUGCCAGAGGCCACAUCCACUUAUAUAAAGGGAUUUGUCUGGUCUGGCCUGUUUGGGAAAAUUCCAGUCGAACCUAAAUAAGGCUGGGCCUUUCACAAUCUUUAAGCUGAUAUGGGGCAAGCUUAAGCUCCAUUUAGUCAGUUUUUGUUUUAAACAAAGAUGGCUGCCAGUGGUACUGGUGGUUUAAGUCCAUUAUUCCGUGUGUAUUAGACAAACUACAGUGUGGCUCAUGUUUGACCAACUUCUUUGUACUUUAACCACUAAAAACAUAUGAAUUUGAGAUCAUUUAGGGCAUAAAGGUCCGUCACACAUUUUUUUCCCCCUGGCUGUGGCAUGGAGAGACAUCCCUUCUUAUAAACGCACAAUCCCCUCGCAGGAGUCUGAAUUCUAGCAUGUGAAGUGUUCCAGCAGCAAAUUGAUGUACUUUUGUUUCCCUAUUACCCUUGAUUAUUUCAAAGAGAUAUUCUGGCAUAAAAUUAAGUUAGAGUCAAACACCGUCACACCGAGUUAGACACCCCCACGAGAGAUGAAUGUUACCGACCGUUUGCUUCUCUAGUUAUACCAACUUUAGUAACGACCCCAGGAGCCACAAGCAAAAAGCCACUCUCUGGUCAUAAAUAAUGCUCCGAACAGCACCAAACUUCAUCAACAGUACAUGUAGGUACUGGUUCUGGUACAUAUAAGUACUUCUAGGUAAAAUCAGACGGGGGCGCUAGGGCAGAAGAACUACGGCUUCUGCAGUGCAAAAUGAUUAAUAUGGUGAUUAUUACUUCAAGAAAGUAAUAAAGAAAUGAUCAUAAAUGUUCAUCCUUGAGCUGCGUCACCCCACAGCAGUAAAGGACUCAUCUGAGGUCUCUGUACAAACAAGCGGCUGCUGGAAGAGAGUAGGUGUGUUGUGUUUAGUCUCUUUGCUAAAGAAAUUAGGCAAAGUUAAAAAGAUGUUUGGUGGCUAUAACUGUGGCUAGGACCCUAUAUGUACUGUUGAUGAAGUUAGGUGCUGUUCUCAGCAUUAUUUGUGGCUAUAGAGUGGCUUUUUUGGUUAAGCAUGUGGCUCCUGGGGCCGCUGUGUAUUGCUAUCGUGCGGUAGUUACUAAAGUUGGUAUAACUAGAGAAGCAAGCGGUCGGCACCAUCCAUCUCUCGACGGGGUGUCUAACUCGGUGUUACAGUGUGUUUGACCCUAAAUUAAUUUUAUGCCGGAAUAUCCCCUUAACUCACCAUGACCUCUAACAACCAAGUCAUCAUUUCUGUAUUGUAAAUGAUAGAUCAUAUAAAAAAAAACAAUCUGAUUAAAACUAAGGUUUCAGUAUUUGGUUUGUAAUUUGAUUGACAGCCACUUCCAGCAUCGUUACAUGAGCUGACAUUUAACCUAAGUGCAGCACUUAGAGAGUCUUCCUCAGAGCACAGUGUGAUGCUGAAGGCUGUCAGGCUGUGUCAGCUUCACAAGGUCAUCUCUGAGUGCAGUCAGUACAGAUCCUGCACCAAAGACCAGAGUACUUCUCCCUCCCUUUCCUCCUCCCUUCAGGAUAAGUGAAUGCAUUACUAAAGUGCUUAUAUCUCCAUGUUUAACUGAGUACAGUUUGACAGCUUACUGCAGCCAUCAAAAUAUUUUCACCAUCAGUGUUUGUCAGCAGCAUUGUUCCUAUGUCUGUCAUCGUCAUGUCUCUGCACAUUUUCCUGCUCUAAAUCUAUCUGCUGUGACAUUUUCAUGCAGGGUCUCAGUGGAAAACAUCGAGGUGGAAUUCUCCUCUUUAUAUGUUCGGAUUAAAUCUCUGGAGGAGAAGAUUCAAGGAGACCAGGAGCUGCUGCAGCAGUUGGAGCCGUUUCUGCAGGUGAGGCAGAAGUAGUUAUGUAAUACAUUACACUUACAGAAAGUUGGAUACAGGCCACUGUACAUUGCUGGCUCUGCUGACUCAUGUCCUUUAGAUGAUGCCAUCCAUAAAAGUGUAAGACAGUCCAUGAAUAAAAAAUGUCCUGUCUUAGAGUUCAACCCAGAGUCUUCAGGACCUAAAGAGACGGAGGCUGGAUCUGCGCAAAGAGGGGAACGCUCUCAUCGAUUUCUUUUGUGAGGAUAAAGACACCUUUAAGCUGGACGAGUGUUUCCGCAUCUUUCAGGACUUCUGCAUCAAGUUCAAGAAAGCAGUGAAGGUCAGUUUAAAGGAAAAGGUUCUUGUCUGGUAAACUCCUAGUAGUUUUGAUAAUCAUUUCCACAGAUAAAGUCUUGUAAAGAAGCUCUAAAUUAGUGUGAGUUGUGUUGUUGAAGCAGUAUUGUUUCCAACUUCACAAAACGUGACAUUAUCAAGACUAGAAGUGUUUCAUUACAGCGAAGGAUUAACAACCAAAGGGGUCAGGAUCUGGUGCUACUUAACAGCCAUAGUGUUACCCUCCACCAGGCACAGAUUUGUCAAGUUUUACCAAACCAUGUGUGGUAACCAGACUGUAUGAAACAAAUAAGCAGUAAGGACAAAAGGAGUCCAGGUGCUAACAUAAUAGUCUUGCAUAAAAGCAUCUUGUGAUAUUAACGAGGAUUGUGGUGCAAUGUGCCAGUUUUAACACAUAAUUCCUUCCCCACAGUUUAACAAAAACAUUUCCCAUCACUAGUCAGGUCAGAUUUAUUUAUAAAGCACAUUUAGAGACGUCUGGAGUUGACCAGAGUGGAGACUACAAAAAUGAAAUAGAGGACUGAUACCAGAGCAGCUACUUCCACAAUGACACACAUUUAUUAAAUAAGGAGUGCUCUGGUCUCUGGUGCAAAAACUGUAGAAUAGAUACAAGGGGAGAGGGUCAGCUUAAAAAGAAUUCUUGAUGGGUCUUUGUCCUGUGGCUGAGCAGAUCUUACAUGCAUAGGUAGGCUGGAUCAUAGCUUAGGUGAAGCUAAUGCAGGGGGUGGAUUCCUUCUUUCUUUAAGUCUAGAUUUGGGGAUUUACAGGAACAGCUGGUUUUUGGACCUCAGUUAUCUGACUGGAGUGUGAUGGCACAAGUGAUCACUUUGACUUACGGCUGAAAAACAUUUGAAGAUAUUUUAAAAUCAGUCCUAUAACAAACAGGAAGCCAACACAGAGAGACUUAAAUAAGUGUCAUGUUCUCUUUUUUUUCAAUUAGCCAACGUGUAGCCACAGGUUCACACAAAUGAGAGACUCAGAGAAAAAUGAGGGAAAAUAUCAACAGAGAAUACAGAGACUUACCGUAACCAAGUCUUGAUGUGAUAAAGGCAUCGAGAGUCAUUUGGAUCAGAAAAAGUUCAACCUUAGCUAAAAGUCUCAGCUGGAAAAAGCUGGUUUUAACUACAGAGGGAGUCUGCUUAUCAACAUUGAAUUAAACAUGAAAAAUCUCAUCAGGAUUUUGGACAGAUUGAGAUUUAUGAGCAGCUAGAAGGCUGAGAGCAGAAGCGCAGUCAUCUAGAAGGUUAGCUUUUUAAAAUGCAUCAAUUGAAAAUGAUGUUUCAGCCAAGUUUUAACAUCUGUCAGACUGCUCAGCAGGAAUUGCGAAGACAUUUGGAUGUAAAGGGCGGACAGUUUUGGAUAUCAUUGGAUGUCACUGUGAGAUCAUUAUAUGCACCAUCAGACUCAACCGGCCUUUUGAUUUUGGUUGCGUUAACUCUUGUAAACUUGCCCAGCCUCUUCUCAUGGUGAUGGUCUCUCAUUACUAAAGUAACAACAACAAGGAGAAACCACAGAGUAUUAAGCCAUUACAGAGCUUGAUAACGAGCUAAUCAUUUGAAUCAGGUGUGUUGAAGCAGGGAAACAUCCAAAACAUGCAGGACAGUGGGCCUCGAGGACUGGACUUGAGAACCACUGCAUUAAAUGUUGGUAAUUUGUCCUUGUGCUUGCCUCUAAACUUUCCUCCUCCCUCUUCUUCUUCUCAGGACAACAUGGAUCGCGAGUUAAAGGAAGCAGCCAGAGAGCGUCGUUUGAGAGAGCUGGAGGAGAAACGCUUUGCUUGGUCAGGCGUAGACCCGAGUGGGACUUUUGGUCGCAGCAGCAGCGAAAACGACGUGGAGAUGCUCACCAAAGAAGGCCUGCUGGACUUCUUCCAGCAGAGGUCCCAGAGUCCUCAUAGCCCCAUGGGACGCUCUGCCAGUGCCCGCCGCCACCGGCACACCAUGACAUCCAUAGCAGACAGAGAACUCAAAGGAUACCUGGAGAUAUUUGGAGGCUCUGGAAAUCCUUCUGACUACUCCAAAUUUAACAGCCUACCUCGGACAGGCCGUGCAGUCCAGCGGAGGACGAUCCCCUGGAUCUUAGCACAGGACGACAACAGGGAGCUGGACCGUGACAGGAACGUGACUUCUCCUCAUGCAGAAACAGAUCCUAUCAGCCCACUGGCGAGGUUUUCUUCCCCUGGUCUGAAUGACAAUGAUCCCUACAACAUCAACAACAAUAAAUACUCUUCGUUGUCUGAGGGCAGCCCUGUGCCUCGCCCCUUCUGUGUCUUUCAGAAGUCUGUCAAUCUUCCUAACCCAACAGUUACCAGCCACAUGAACAUCAAUGUGGAGAAGCACACUUUGGUCCCAUCUCCUCAAGCUUUUGACCUUCCUAGUCCAAACAACAACAGUAACCACAUGCUCUUUGUGAAUCAGGGGGAUGUUGUGGUGACAGAUUUGGAAAAGGAGCAACCUGAUAACCUCGUACAUAAAGUAUUGGAAAGAGAUGAUCCCAGGGCAGCUUGGGAAAGGAAAAUAGAUAUCGGCUUGCAGAUUGAUGCCAGUCCUGAGAGAGAAGAAGAAGACAACAGUACAAUGUCAUCAACAACCUGUGAUACCCCCCUCCCUCUGGAUACGGCAUCUACAUCCAAUAAGAAACCAGUGUUUUAUAUCCUGGACUGCACAGAAACAGACUGCUCCGUCACUUUUGAUUACUCUGAGGCUGAGAGCUCGUCUCUGAUGAAAGAGGGACUUCAUUUUAGGGGCAAAGAUCAAGAGAGCCACCAGGAUCCCAGCUCCCUGUCCUCUUAUCUGGACUCCAUGUCUCCCAAUGACCAAUCGGUGUCAACCAAUGACUUCUCAGAACCCAAGUUUGUGGACGCAGCAUCCAUGACUCCAUCUGCAACCACAGAAGAGUGGGACACGGAGAGCUGCGACACGGCUGAGGGAAGACCAGGCGCAGAGAAAGAUCUGCAGAGAGGCAGCAGGAAACCCGUGCAUACAAAGGGCAAAGCUAGCAAAGCAACGAAAUCAAGCGCAGGUCGUGGUGUGCGAACGCUUACCAGCACUGAGAACCAAGGUAUGAGGAAAGUUUUGCCAAUCUCUAAGAUCACGAGGACAGGAAGCAUCAAGAGAGCCGAGAGAACUUCAACCAAUGACAGUGUAGAGAUAUGCCGUCCUCUACGAGACCAGAGCACGCCGCCAAGGGGAAGGAGUGAGAAGACAACGAGACCUCUUCGACACUCCAGUCUGCCUCCCGAUGAAUCAAAGGCUCAGAGGGGAGGUGGACUUGCGGGCACCAUUUCGAGAUGGGCCCAUGAUGCAACUCAGAGGAAGCCUUCUGUCCACAAGCCAAGCACCAAACCUGUGAGGAACAUCCCCAAACCUCCACCUGAGGAGAAGAUGUGCCGCUCCACCAUGAGAGCCUUAGCUCAGGCUCAAGCCCAGGCUCAGGUUCAGGGUGGAGCUUCUUCUGAGAACAGCAGCUCUAACACUCUCACCGCAAGAAACACCUCCGAUAUCCCCAGCUUCGCUCGCAACACAGUAGCUUCAACUACCAGGACGAAGAAGGACAUGGCCCCUCCGCCCGUCCCCUCCACCACCGCUGGCACCCCUUCUAUUCUCGGUCGGCAAACUUCAGUAAAGCAGACAAAGUUCUCUCCGACAGUUCCUAACAAUGAAGAGCGCCCACAAGGGACAAGUCUGCGACGGGCACAAAGUGUGAAAGUGUCCAGGAGCAGCGCUUUUGCCAGCGAGACUCCCCCAUCACCUCACAUCCGUGAAGAAGUCCGAAAGACCAAUAGCGCUUCAGAAAAGACCAUUCAGACUCGAGACUUUGUGACGCCCAGCAGGAGCGCAAAACCAACCUGGAAAUGAAACAAACCAGGUGGAGACUAACUUAAAAAGACUGAAAGAAAAAGAGACUUUCCUCCUGAGAUUGAUGUACAUUGAUAUUCGCUCGUCUCACAUCUAAGUGCACACUUAAACUUUUCACAUCAUGCAAAAGACAAGAAGCUUUCCGGCCCUGUUAGGUCCCCUGUAGCUGACUCUGUAUCAGGUUUAUAAAUUGCAAAGAGCAAGAUGCAAUGAUCUGCCCCAUUUGUUCUUGGUGGAGCGCAAAAAAAAACUGAUAUCACAACUUUAUUUUGUGUCUGAAGUGGUGGGGAACCUUAGUUAAGCCGACAAAUGGCAAAUGGAUUUUUCUUUGCCUGCUUAGCUGUCUUUGUCCGUGACUGAUGUCAAACACUGCUGACUUUACAAUGCUGCUAAAUAGCUCUGACAAUAAGAGACGAAGUUCCAGUGUCUUUUUCAUUCAGGGUUACAUGUUUUUCAUACCUUUACUUGCUGCUGUUACUGUGUCGUCUUGUUUUGUUUUCUUGGCAAUCUACUGUAGAGUUUUGCUCUGUUAUUUUGAUUUCUUUGAUUUUACCUCAGAAUGAUCGCAGUGGCCUUGUACCAGCAGAAAAUAUAGAAAACACUCAUUUGGCACUGCAUGAUAUGGAGUCUGAUGACGUGGUCUAAGCUGCAAUGUCACUUUUUACAAAUUCCUCACAUGUUAAUAUCAUAACAAUAUGUAAAGUCACAGUUUAAGCUAGUGUAAAUCAACUGUGGUACUCGUGUACCGUGUGUUUGUUCCAGUAGCUUGUAAAUGUGUUAGAACUCCUCCAUAUUAUCAUGGAGUAGACGUGCACGUAGGAGAUGUUUCCUGUACCCUUUAGACUAACACACGAUCAACACCAAUGCUCUGAAAGAAAAGCAUUGAAAGCACCUGAGACAACACUGACAUGAUCAUCAGUCAUGCGAUUAUCAGUUUGACGUGAUUCUUCUACUGUGAAUGUAGUGAUCUCACAUUUUCUCGAGGCCUGCACCUUUCUUGACUUGCAAGAAUUGGUCAUAAAUGAGCCAAGCAACCUUUGUGCCUCUCAUGUAGUUUUGUUGCGUUUAAAUCUCAGUGCUAAGCAUCGAAAUUUGGCGAUAUUUAAACACCUGCUGCUUUUGUGACAGUUCUACAGAUUUUUUGGAUGGAAAUAAAAAACAGUUUUUAGACAAUUUCCCAAGAUCCAGGUCAGCUCCCUUUGUUCAGGAAUCCAGUCCAUAAACUCAGACAGGAUCAACUUAGCUAAAUUUGAGGAACUUUGACCAAAAUGUGACUGUCAGCAUAACUGAUACACACAAGGUCAUUAUUCAAGUACAGAAAUCACACAUGUGAUAUGCUGUUUGCUAAAUUUUUCCCUAGGAUGAAAUGGGAAAUCCACGCCCCAACCCAUUUGAUUGGUUCCUGCAGGAUCUCUUCUUCGUUUGCCUGUUUUCAUCCUCUGAUAGGAAAGGGGGAGAGUUAUAAGCUAUAGUAGGGGUUAGGGUGAGGUUAGUAAAGGUUAGGGUUAGGGUAAGGGUUAGUGGCGGCGAUGUACCGGUAACUGCAGUGAAAUUUAAAAACAGGAGGGGGGCGCAUUUGAGGGAGAAGUGAGAGACUGUUAGAAACCAAUCAAAUGGGUUGGGGGCGUGGAUAUCCCCAUUUCAUCCUAGAGAAAAAUAAUCUUGACUCUGGUAUCAACCUUGUAGCUAACAUUACUGUUAGCUCAGAAACAUUACCCGUUGAUGGUGUUGCACAAUUGGAGACUGAAUAAAACAUGGAUUUAGCUUUAGUAACAUCACCCAUUGGUUUGUGUAGUGAAGUUUUGAAGCCUGACUCGAGCUCACUUUCAACUGACCAAGCAGGGGGCAGAGAGGAAGAGUUGAGGCGUGCCUUUAGCCUCCUUAAUAGUCAGCUGUGAAAGAUAGCUUUGAGUUAUCUGGUCGUAGCUCAUGAGUCAACAGAUUCAUUGUUUACACCAAGUUUAGACUCCUAAAGUUUAUCCCAUCCUUCACACUCAGACUAGCUGUUAUUUAUCCACCCUUUUGAAGCUGUGCAAAUUUUUUUUGAUGUGUAACACCUCAGAUCAGCUAAAAGCCUAAAAAUCUUCUCAUUUUUCAGACAUCAGAGGUUAUUUUUAAUUUUUUAAAGGAUGCUUAGCUCUGUGAUCUUUGAGGAGGCACAUGAAAGACACAAACUGGGGCCGCAUUCAGCUCUCUUGACCUUUUCACACCACUUGCCUUUCAACCUGCGUUGUGCCAUUACCUCAGUGGCAACAACACUCAGCUGCUCAUUGCCUUAUAGCUUAAUGUAGCCGACCCAUCACCAGUAGAAGCUCCUGAAUGAUUAAAAAAAAUACGUGUAUAAACUUUUCCUACAUUUCAUCUCACUGAGCUGAAACAGUGACAUUUCUGGUUAGUGAUCCUCUCUGUACAUACUGUAAAGACAUAGUAUUUUUCUGACUAUCAACAUGUUUACAUCGCAUCAGAAGAUGAAAUAUCAGAUCAUACUGUACAAUUUGAACUACGGUCAAAGCAUCCAUACUAUCAGAUGGUGAGAGUCCUGACCUGCAGUGAGUUAGCAUGCUGUGUGUGUCUUCCUUUUCCCUGUAAUGCAAAUGAAGUGAUGACACAAAGGACCCAGUGUGACAUGACGCAGUGUGUGUGGUCUUCACUGUAUGAUGCCUAAAUUAGGAUCUCUUUUUACAGAGUGUAGACUGAGAUACUAAAAGGGCUUUUACCAGAUUUUACUAGGUUCUAGGUUCAUUUUUUGAGCAAGAAACGACAAAAUAAGCUGCAGUUUUCCCAAAAUAUAUUUCAAAUCAGAACUUUUUUGAUAAAAGACUUUUCUUCUAAUUUGAAAUAUUUUUCACUUCACUUUAAAGUUGAUCUACUUUAAGGUAAUCGCUGCAUACAAACAAUUAGGUCAUGGUCAAUUCAUUAAAAUGGGCCGAUAUUUACAGACCUUUGUUUUAAAGAUGUAAAAAAUUCAUAUUUGAGCCAGUAGUUUUGCAUUAUUAUACACCCUGUUAAAUAAAAAGCCAUGAAGUGCAGAAAUUAUUUAGAAUAUUUGAAGUAACGUGUGACGUCAACUUGAAAAAAAUUGCCAAAUUUUAUCAAAAUAAAGACCAAAAAAAGCAGAAAAAUGUCCCCCUUUCCUUAACAUUAAAACUGAUUUUAAAAAAGCUCCUCCAAUGUAUCUCUUAGCUGUAAACCUACACAGUUGGUACACUCAGUCCUGAUCUUAUACGCUGUGUCUGUUCCUAAAGUCGUCCUUUGUGUACGCCACAAUGCCCCCUGCUGCCUCCUCUUUAACGGCCUCCAGCAUUACAAUAGAUGCCCUUUACAUCGCAUUUGCCUGGCUUUUCUGUCGAGGAGAUUUGAAUACUUUCUCACCCUUUUUUACCACAACUUCCUCGUUACAGGGGCGGUUACCAUAGUAGCAGUCCACACAUCAAUAACCAUUACUUACUGAAAGGUCAAUGCUCUGUUUCAAUCCCUAGAAAAGCUUAAACUGGUAUUGUUUCAUGCAAAUCUCCUCGAAUGUGCGAUCAAUAAUCAAGUUUGAAUCUUUUUGAAUCAUUACCCGCAGGGCUGCUCAUUCUCUUCUUUUAUUGUUUUUCUUUUUUUUUCCAAGUGAUCAAAUGUGUCAUCUUUCUGCAUUCAUUUUCCCAAGGGUGUCUUCAGUGUCCACAGGUGCUCCACUCAGCUUCACUCAGCUAUCUCAGACUUUUACUAUCCAGAGACUCCCAGUGAAAAGAAAAGACUGAUGACUACAGCAAUGAGCAAUUGAUCGGCACUGAACACUUGGCCAUGGGGCUGCAAUUUGUCAUGGAUUUACUGUGGUUCAUAUUUCUGAUGAUGACAUCUGAGAAAUAAAUAAAAAUCACAUGUUGCUGUGUAAACUCAAAAAA